AUGCAGCAAAAAUUUAAACUAGAUCGUCUGUCUUUAUCGGCGAUACCAGACAGACAACCCCAAGCAUGUCGCCGACUUACCGUAUUCGACAAAAGCUCAGGUCUGAAGUUCUUAGUGGACACGGCUAACAAGUCGCCAAUCAAAACAUUUGGUAGAAAAAGGCUUUCAUUGAGUUUGGGCUUACGUCGCGCUUUCUCCUGGAACUUUACCAUUGCUAAGGUUUCACAACCUAUCUUGGGUGCAGACUUUCUGGGAUAUCAUAAUCUUGUCGUCGACUUACGAAAUCGCAAACUACACGAUGGCAUUACCAACCUGUCUGUCAACUGUGUUCUUACUGCAGUCAAUCACCCGAUAUCUGGUCUUUCAGCAAUCAAUAAUGAUGAUGAAUUUCAUACUUUAUUAAAAGAAUUUCCUGUAAUCAUUAAUGAUUCGCCGGUUUCCCUAGUUUCAACUCGUGAUGUAUUUCAUCAUAUCGUCACUAAUGGACCACCGGUUUUCUCAAAAUUUCGUCGCCUUUCUCCUGACAUGAUGAAAGCUGCUAAAGCAGAGAUUCAAUCUCUCCUUGACGCUGGAAUAUGUAGACCAUCUAAUAGUCCUUAG